AUUAAAGAUGGCAAAAAGUGAGGACUGCAUACACAUCUUGCAGGGUCUAUUAGUCUUUGGGAAUGUGGUCAUUGGGAUGUGUGGCAUUGCCCUGACAGCAGAAUGUAUCUACUUUGUGUCUGAUCCACAUGGUCUCUACCCUCUGCUGGAAGCCACAGAAAAUAAUGACAUCUAUGCUGCUGCCUGGAUUGGCAUCUUUGUUGGCUUUGCACUGUUUGCUCUAUCUAUCCUUGGUAUCAUUGGAAUCAUUAAGUCCGACAGGACCUUGCUGCUGGUGUACAUCAUUCUGAUGCUGAUCACUUUUGCAUUUGAAAUGGCUUCUUGUAUCACAGCAGCAACUCACCGAGACUUCCUCACUCCAAAUCUCUUCCUGAAGCAAAUGCUGGAGAGGUAUCAAAAGGCAAACCCAGCUAAUGACAAUGACAAAUGGAUGACUGAAGGGUUCACGAAGACAUGGGAUAAACUCAUGCUUCAGAACCAUUGCUGUGGGGUGCUGGGCCCCUCUGACUGGCAGGAGUACCUGUCUGCCUUCCGCGCCACACACGACGAUGCCGACUUCCCUUGGCCACGACAAUGCUGUGCCAUGAAUACCCAAGGGCUUCCCGUCAACCUUGAUGGCUGCAAACUUGGAGUCCCUGGCUAUUACAACAGCAAUGGUUGUUAUGAUGCUAUUUCUGGGCCAGUGAACACACAUGCCUGGGGUGUUGCCUGGUUUGGUUUUGCCAUCCUCUGCUGGACUUUCUGCGUCCUCCUUGGUACCAUGUUCUACUGGAGUGGAAUUGAAUACUGAAGGCCCGGUGUACUCAGCGCUGUCCUGGAAUGCCAUGUGAAACUGCAUUUGUCUCCUGCUCCAUUCUCCUCGUGCCAUGGAGGAUCUGAAGUUUUCCCACUACCUCUCCCAUAUAUAUAUUUUUGCCCCUCCAAAACCUGACACACAGAACUGACUGCAGGAAAGAAUCUUCUUGUCCCUCCU